AUGGAGUUCCCGCAGCAGCAGAAACCGGCGGGCGACGGGAAGAUUAUCUAUCCUCCCGGAGUCAAAGAGAUAACUGACAAAAUCAGCAACGAUGAGGUGGUCAAGCGGUUGAAGAUGGUGGUAAAAACUUACAUGGAUAUGGAUCAAGAUUCAGAAGACGAGAAGCAGCAGUACCUUGGCCUAGCACUCCACCUUGCCUCAGAGUUCUUCCUCAGGAACCCAAAUAAAGAUGUGCGGCUGCUCGUCGCUUGCUGUCUGGCUGACAUCUUCAGAAUCUAUGCCCCUGAGGCCCCUUACACCUCGCAUGACAAACUCAAGGACAUCUUCCUCUUCAUCACGAGGCAGCUGAAAGGACUGGAAGACACCAAGAGCCCUCAGUUUAACAGAUACUUUUACCUCCUAGAGAAUCUGGCAUGGGUUAAAUCAUAUAACAUAUGUUUUGAACUCGAGGACUGUAACGAGAUCUUCACCCAGCUUUUCAAGACCCUUUUCUCUGUGAUCAAUAACAGCCACAAUCAGAAAGUGCAACUUCACAUGAUGGACCUUAUGUGUUCCAUCAUCCUGGAGGGAGACGGAGUCACACAGGAACUGUUGGAUAGCAUCCUUAUAAACCUCAUUACUGCACACAAGAAUCUCAACAAACAAGCAUACGAUCUUGCAAAGACCAUUUUGAAGCGAACCGUCCAGACCAUUGAAACAUGCAUUGCAAAUUUUUUUAAUCAGGUUUUAGUGAUGGGCAAAUCUUCUGUCAGUGACUUGUCAGAGCAUGUCUUUGACCUCAUUCAAGAACUCUUUGCCAUCGAUCCUUUGCUGCUUACAUCUGUUAUGCCUCAACUGGAAUUCAAGCUCAAGAGCAAUGAUGGAGAAGAGCGUUUGGCUGUUGUACGUUUGUUAGCAAAGUUGUUUGGUGCCAAAGACUCUGAGCUGGCCUCGCAUAAUAGACCUCUUUGGCAGUGCUUCUUAGGACGGUUCAAUGAUAUUCAUGUUCCGGUCAGGUUAGAGUGUGUAAAGUUUGCCAGUCACUGCCUCAUGAAUCACCCAGACCUGGCAAAAGAUCUUACAGAGUUUUUGAAAGUGCGUUCCCAUGACCCCGAGGAAGCCAUUCGUCAUGAUGUCAUAGUCACCAUCAUCAACGCUGGGAAGAAGGAUCUUAAUUUGGUCAAUGAUCAGCUUCUGGGCUUCGUAAGAGAGAGGACGUUGGACAAAAGGUGGCGAGUACGCAAAGAGGCGAUGAUGGGUUUGGCUCAGCUUUAUAAAAAAUACUGCCUACACCACGAAGCUGGGAAGGAGUCUGCCUUGAUGAUCAGCUGGAUCAAAGAUAAGCUGCUGCACAUCUACUACCAGAACAGCAUUGACGACAAGUUAUUGGUGGAAAAGAUCUUUGCACAGUUCAUGGUCCCGCACAGCCUUGAAACAGAAGAAAAGAUGAAGUGUCUCUAUUACCUAUAUGCCUGUCUGGACACUAAUGCUGUCAAGGCUUUGAAUGAGAUGUGGAAGUGUCAGAAUAUGCUGAGAGGCCUGGUUAAAGAGUUGCUUGACCUUCACAAACUGCCGGUGUCUGAAGCUAAUAACACUGCUAUGUUUGGGAAGCUGAUGAACAUCGCAAAGAACCUGCCAGAUGCAGGGAAAGCUCAAGAUUUCAUGAAGAAGUUCAACCAGGUUCUUGGUGAAGAUGAGAAGCUCAGAGUCCAACUCGAGAUGCUCAUCAGUCCGACUUGCUCUUGCAAACAGGCUGAAAUCUGUGUGAGGGAGAUUACUCGGAAGUUAACAUUUCCAAAACAGCCCACCAAUCCAUUCUUGGAGAUGGUCAAGUUCCUGCUUGAACGCAUCGCCCCUGUCCACAUCGACUCUGAAGCCAUAAGUGCUUUGGUAAAACUUCUCAACAAGUCAGUUGAAGGCACAGCAGAUGAUGAUGAGGAAGGCGUUACACCUGACACGGCCAUCCGCUCAGGCUUGGAACUACUCAAGGUUCUGUCAUUCACUCACCCUACAGCAUUCCACUCAUCAGAGACCUACGAGUCUCUUCUCCAGUGUCUAAAAAUGGAGGAUGAAAAGGUGGCUGAGGCAGCUAUCCAGAUAUUCAGAAAUACUGGGCAGAAAAUUGAAGCUGAACUACCACAGAUAAGAUCGACUCUAAUUCCCAUUUUACAUCAAAAAGCCAAGAGGGGGACACCUCACCAAGCCAAGCAGGCUGUGCACUGUAUCCAUGCCAUCUUUAACAACAAAGAAGUGCAGUUAGCUCAAAUUUUUGAGCCUCUGUCGCGGAGUCUAAAUGCAGAUGUUCCUGAGCAACUCAUCACACCCCUCGUGUCACUGGGCCACAUCUCCAUGUUGGCACCAGAUCAGUUUGCCUCACCAAUGAAGUCUAUUGUGGCUAACUUCAUUGUCAAAGACCUGCUCAUGAAUGACCGGUCAGUGGGAAACAAAAAUGGUAAGCUAUGGACCACAGAUGAAGAAGUUUCACCUGAGGUUCUCGCUAAGGUCCAGGCCAUCAAGUUGCUUGUACGUUGGUUACUAGGAAUGAAAAACAACUUAUCCAAGUCAGCAAAUUCCACAUUGCGCUUACUGUCAGCCAUGCUGGUUAGCGAGGGAGACCUCACAGAGCAAAAAAAAAUCAGUAAAUCAGACAUGUCUCGAUUAAGGCUGGCUGCAGGUGGCGCCAUUAUGAAGCUGGCCCAGGAGCCCUGUUACCAUGAAAUCAUCACACCUGAACAGUUCCAGCUCUGUGGCCUUGUUAUCAAUGAUGAGUGCUACCAGGUACGGCAGAUUUUUGCUCAGAAGUUGCAUUUGGCUCUUGCUAAAUUGUCCCUGCCACUGGAGUACAUGGCUGUCUUCGCCCUGUGUGCCAAAGACCCGGUAAAGGAGCGCCGUGCUCACGCCCGACAGUGCCUCCUGAAGAACAUCUCAGUGCGCAGAGAGUACAUCAAGCAGAACUCACUCACUCAGGAAAAAGUGGUCACCUUCCUUCCAGAGUAUGUUGUUCCUUACAUGAUCCACUUGCUGGCUCAUGACCCAGACUUUACAAAACCACAAGAGUAUGACCAGCUGAAAGAUAUUAAAGAGUGUUUGUGGUUCAUGCUUGAGGUGUUGAUGACCAAGAAUGAGAAUAAUAGUCACGCCUUCCUGAGGAAGAUGGUGGAGAGCAUCAAACGGACCAAAGACGCACAGUGUCCUGAAGACAUGAAAGCCAAUGAGAAGCUGUAUAUCGUGUGUGAUGUCGCUCUCUUCGUCAUUGCUAGCAAGAGCACCGCAUGUCACUUGGACUGUCCAAACGAGCCCUUUAUAUGCCCCAAAUUCUUCCUAGCACUCGACAAGGACUUCAAAAAUGACAAAGACUAUUUGGCAGCAGACAUGCGGCAAAUGCUGCUCACAGGAAAGCCUAAACCAGCUCCAGUAUUGGUGACUGUCAACAAAACUCUGACUGUACCAGGCAGGAAGCUCUUUAAGACCAAUGUAGUCUCGGAUACAAGUAAUACUAGCACCAACUCGUCACCACUGAGCUCUUCCACUGUCAACAACAGUAAAAGUAAUACAGCCACAGACUCCGCACAGAGCCAAACGCAAGAAAAUAAUGAGAACCCGGUCAUCAAGAAGGAAGAAGUAAAGAAGAUCGAGACAAGUAAGAACGUGACUGCUGACGCUGGCACUGAGGCACAGCCUGCAAAACGGCGUGGCCGACCACCCAAAAUGGCAACGACCGCGACUCCUGCAGUGGCGAGCAAAGAGACUGCAUCGACUGGUGGUGGGGCCGGAAGAGGCAGGAAAAGAGCAGCAGACCCAAACUCCAAUCCAUCAGCAGAGUCCAUCAAGAUGUCAAAGCAGCAAAAUGACGAGGGGACAAAUCGACAGAUUGACCUGCAGAGGUAA